CAGCAGGAGGCUGAAUACUUGUACAAGGAACUGUUUGAACUCCUUUAAGGAAGAAUUACACCUCAGAACUAAUGACAAAGCUCCCGAAUUCCUCUCCAGCACCCACUCAUCACUGAAAUUACUCUCCAUCCUUCACGUUUACGGCUUCAAAGCCUCCAGCGAUCUUCCAAAGGGGGACGUUUUUAUUUUUUUCUCAGUGUGUGUGUAUUCAAAACAGCUCGAAUAGCUUGUAAUUAUGCUGACUCUCAUCAUCUCUGCUGCUGCUGCGUGACUGAGAGCCGAGGGCAGAGGUGGAUUUUCCUUCUGAUUCAAGAUUAGAGAAGGUGGAAGGCGAGAGGUAAACAGAGCCAGCGCUCGUCUAAACACUGCAGCAGCGUAUUUACCCCGCCGUGCGUGCUCAUGGCCGCGGAGACCUCCAGCAGGACCGGCCCGGGUCCCAUCCUCCAGUCCGGCCCCAUGCUGCUCCUCCUGCUGCUCCUGCUCUCCGUCUCGCUGUGGACCCAGCAGGCCGAGGCCGUGGUCCACUCCAGCUUCCGGCGGCUGAGCGGGCGCGAGAAGAAGGAGAUGCAGAAGGAGAUCCUGAAUAUCCUGGGCCUGCCGGGCCGACCCAGACCCCACCCGCCGCUGAGGCCGCCCUCCUCCGCGCCGCUCUUCAUGCUGGACCUGUACCACGCCAUGUGCGCCGACGACGAGGAGGAGACGACGGUGGCGAACGGGCCGGGCCUGGGGAGGUACGGGGCGGCGGCGCAGGUCAACUACGGCGCUCUGCCCAUCCUCAGCACGCACACGCCGCCGCUGGGGACCGUGGUGAGCGAGGCCGACACGGUGAUGAGCUUCGUCAACCUGGUGGAGCAGGAGCGCAACCUGCUGCAGCCGCGGCCGUACUGGAAGGAGUUUCGUUUCGACCUCACCCCGCUCCCCCAGGGCGAGACGGUGACGGCGGCGGAGUUUCGGAUCUACAAGACGCUGACGGCGGGCCAGAGAGCCAACCGGACGCUGCACAUCUCCGUCUACGAGAUCAAGCGAGAGAACAGGAACAGAGAGCCGGAGCUGGUGCUGCUGGACAUGCAGUCGGUUCCUGCGGGUCAGGAGGGCUGGCUGGCGUUUGACGUCACCUCCGCCUCCAACCACUGGCUGCUCCAGCCGCGCAGCAACCUGGGAAUCCGCCUCUACGUAGAGACCGAGGACGACCGCUCCCUGUCCGCCGGCUGGAUCGGGUUGGUGGGUCGCAGAGGCCCCCGCUCCAAGCAGCCCUUCAUGGUGACCUUCUUCAGGGAGAGCCAGAUCCCGUGCCGGCCGCCGCGAGCCGUCAGGCCCCAUCCCAGGAGGAAGAAACCCAAAUACGACCUGCCGAUCCCCACCAUCCACGGUCGCAGUCCAGUCAGUAAAGGUCAACCCUGCAAGAAACACGAGCUCUACGUCAGCUUCAGCGAUCUGGGCUGGAAGGAUUGGGUUCUGGCUCCGACCGGCUACUCUGCCUACUACUGCGACGGUGAGUGCAUCCACCCGAUGGGCGCCUGCAUGAACGCCACCAACCACGCCAUCAUCCAGCAGGUGGUCCACCUCAUGAAGCCCAAUGAAGUACCUUCUGCCUGCUGCGCGCCCACCAAGCUCAGCUCCAUCUCCGUCCUUUUCUACGACGACAACAACAACGUGAUCCUGAAGAAGCAUCGCAACAUGGUGGUGAAGACCUGCGGCUGUCUAUGAGGAGAACGUUUAGCCCGGACAUGAGCUCUGCGGCGCCCCCUGGUGGAUUUAUCCCAGACUUUCAGCCUCACGUCCAUUUUAAAUCCAGUUUUCUGCUGGAAACACGUUAAAAGUUGCGCCAAGAACUCCAGAUUAAUGCGGCAGAUGCUUCAUUUUCACGCAGAGGUGAUCAGAUAGACUAGAUGCCACAUUGGCACCGUUUGACUGGUAUUAUUGUUCUGCUCCAGUUGCUGCUAGAUAAGUAAAAGUAAAGUAAAAUAACACAUUUCUAACCAAUGGGCUUCAAGUUCUGAAAAAAAGGGGCAAAUGAUCCGUUGUUGAUGCCUCAUUUCUUGUAAAACUGUUUUAUAUGAACAAAUUGUGUAUCUUAUUAAUAAACCUGUAACAAAAUACUUUUA